AUUAAUGGCGAACAAUAGCGCGAAAACGGAUCCACCAUGGAAACAAACAAAUUAUCAUACAUGUCAACUGCGCGAGUCUUACCUCCUCCUUCACUCUUCCUCCGCCACGCUCCAUAAAAUGCGCGCCAUCCUCAACCUGAGGCCACCCUUGCCAUGUCUCUCCUCUUAUUCUCUUCACACUGCCUACCACUUCUCUUCUUCUUCUUCUUUCCUCUUUACCUUCCGACCCAACAAACGCAUUCACUUCCUCUCCCCAUGUUCUUCGCUCAGACAAACCAAGAAGCAGCAAGUCAGGAAGAGCGAUACUCCCGACAAUGCUCCGUCUGGUAGUAUAGACAGGCUAUUUAACCCUAAGAGCGCUGACGAUGGUGGUGGUGGAGACAAGAGUGAAGAAGAUCCUAGGAUCGAGGGUGACACUGCGUUGAAGGGUACUCUAUUGGGCGGUGUAUUAUUGUUGGGCGUUGUUGGCGGCAUUGCCUCUGUUGGUUAUAUCUACAAGGACCAGAUUAAUGUCUUCUUGAAUCAGUUUUCUACUUUCAUAGAAGGCUAUGGUCCAGUUGGAUACGCAUUGUUUGUGGCGGUUUAUGCUGGCUUAGAGGUCCUUGCAAUACCUGCCAUACCUUUAACCAUGUCAGCAGGACUUCUUUUUGGAUCUGUUAUUGGGACUAUCAUAGUCUCUAUUAGUGGAACAGUGGCAGCUAGUGUUGCUUUUCUGAUUGCAAGAUAUUUUGCUCGUGAGCGUAUUCUAAAGUUGGUGGAAGGAAAUAAAAAGUUUCUUGCUAUUGACAAAGCAAUUGGGGAAAAUGGCUUCAAAGUUGUGACCUUGCUCCGCUUGAGCCCUUUACUUCCAUUUUCUCUUGGGAAUUAUUUAUAUGGAUUGACAUCUGUUAAGUUCAUACCAUAUGUAUUGGGAAGUUGGCUGGGAAUGCUUCCUGGGACAUGGGCUUAUGUGAGUGCUGGUGCAUUUGGGCGAGCAAUAAUUCAAGAAGAAUCUGAUCUCUCUUUAGCUGGAGGAAACAGUCAGCUGCUGACUCUUGGCUUGGGAUUGUUAGCCACUGCAUUGGCUGCUGCAUAUGUCACUAAGCUUGCAAAGGAUGCUGUGAAAGAUAUGGAGUAGAAACAACUCAGCCUUUUGCCAAUGAAAUGGAGCUCACAUGCCAUACGGACAAACUGAUAUCUUACUGAAUGAGGGGAAAUGACGGAAAGAGACAUGGUAAAAGAAAGAACCAGCAUAUCUAUGUAUUUUUUUAUGCAAUUGAGUAGGAUCUUCUUUUCUUUAUCUCCAUCACCACCCCCCAAAGGUGGGGGUUUCUGACAUUGUACAUUGUAUCCACUUUAUGAAUAAAAAGAGUAAUGCUAGCUGCACAUCAAAGUUGCAAAUUCUCAAAAAAGGGCAAGUGCCAACCAUGUUGUACUACUUUAUAGAAUCACGUCAAUUAUUGUCUUGAUAAAGAUAUUGAUUCAUUAUUAUGUUUUUAUAAAGAACAAGCGAAUGUGCUACUAGUUCAUGAA